CCCCCCCUCGCAGCCCAACCACAAGCCCUCUGCUUCGCAAGUGGGGAGGAGUCGCCGGCCGCCAGUGGGUUGCCUCAGAGCGGGGAGGCCCCCUGUAUAAAGGGGGAGGUUGGCGUCGCCGCCAGAACUUUGUUUGUCUCUGGAGGUGGCGUAGCUGUGUAGGGACUUGCGAGCAGAAGUGCCGGGAAGCUCCCGAGAGACGGCUUGAGCCAUGGGAUCGAGUCCGGAUUUGUCUCCUGAAGUCUAUAUUUUCUUUGAAAAUACUACCGAGGAGCCAGGCUCUGGUGAUGAUGGGUUCGUCCAAGGUCAGUGUUCGAAAGAAGAAACUGCCGAUUUCAACCGGAUCUUCUUGCCAACCAUCUUCUCCAUCAUUUUCCUGACAGGAAUAAUUGGCAAUGGCUUGGUUAUUAUCAUCAUGGGCUACCAAAAGAAGCUGAGGAGCAUGACCGACAAGUAUAGGCUGCACCUGUCUGUGGCUGACCUUUUGUUUGUCAUCACUUUGCCCUUCUGGGCUGUGGAUGCUGUCAUCAACUGGUACUUUGGAGAUUUCUUGUGCAAACUGGUCCAUAUUAUUUACACUGUCAACCUGUAUAGUAGUGUCUUGAUCUUGGCCUUUAUAAGCUUAGAUCGGUACCUGGCAAUUGUGCAUGCUACCAACAGCCAGAGACCCAGGAAGUUGUUGGCUGAAAGGAUCAUCUACUUGGGCGUUUGGCUACCAGCUCUGCUUCUGACAGUGCCUGAUAUGAUCUUUGCUAGCACUAAGGAGCUUAAGGAGCUUGGUGGGGAAUAUGUAUGCCAACCAUUUUACCCUCAUGAAAAGUGGCUGAUUUCGUUCAGAUUUCAGCAAAUCUUAGUAGGCCUUGUCCUGCCUGGUCUUAUCAUACUGACUUGCUACUGCAUUAUCAUUUCAAAGCUGUCGCACUCCAAAGGCCAGCAGAAGCGCAAAGCCCUGAAGACCACCAUCAUCCUUAUCAUCGCCUUCUUUGCCUGCUGGUUACCUUACUACAUUGGCAUCAGUAUUGACACCUUUAUCCUCCUUGGAUUCAUCAACAAUGGCUGUCAGUUUGAUUCAAUCGUGCACAAGUGGAUCUCCAUUACAGAAGCCCUGGCAUUUUUCCACUGUUGCCUAAAUCCCAUACUUUAUGCUUUUCUGGGUGCCAAAUUCAAGACAACAGCCCAAAAUGCAUUUAGCUCUGUGAGCAGAGGAUCAAGCCUUAAGAUCCUUUCCAAAGGCAAACGAGGGGGACAUUCUUCUGUUUCGACAGAGUCAGAGUCUUCCAGUUUCCAUUCCAGUUAACACAUCAUCUUCUGUCUUCUCCAGCUAUUUGUAAAAAUGGGACUUUUUUUUUUACUCCUUCCACAAAGUUUUGGAGGGGGGAAUCCUCCAAGAUCAUGUACAAGUUCAUUCCCAGUUGGAAUUGUGUAUUGCUUUUAGUCUUCUGUGGAACAUAAUGGACCUAUUUAUAAAAAAUUAAAAACUAUACCAUGUUGACAAGUGUCUAGGCAGGACCUGUGAAUAAGUGGCAAAGAGAAAAAGUUUUACUGCUUUUCUGUCUCGUUGUACAUAUGUUAAUGUCACUGUGUUCCAAUAUAACACUUUGAGCUUAGGAUAGCCAGUGUGUGUGAGUUCUUUGUAUAUAAAGGAAAUAUUUCAAAUGUACCUGUUGGGAAGAAGGCAUCAUCUUCUAUCUGGAUGUUUAGGACUCUGUCCAAGAUUGCAUAAGCUGUUUUGAUGUACACUAGUUUCAUUUCAUUGUAGACAAUGGAUGCAGUCCACAUCCUACUGAAGGCAAUGGUAAACCGCAUUGAAUUGAAUGCAGCUGGAUUGCAUCCUGUGGCACUUAUAACCAAAUAUCUUCCAUCAAAUGCUCUUUUAGCAACACAUUGGUUUCCAAAUCUGCCAUAUAAAGCUGUAAAUAAAAGUAUGUUACAAAGAAAACUAUUUGGAAUGG